UGCGCUAGACAAGUGGACAGGAUCUGGGUCGAGCUACACGCAGGGUCGGAUUUUCGUUGGCCGAGUUGUGAGGACCGUAAAUGUAUCAUAUCAAUGCAGAUCGUCUAUUGAAGUAAAGAUUGUAACCAUGUCGCACAACGACGGAGGCAUGCGGCGCCUGACGCAUCUCGUCAGCUACACGUCGGAUUCAGAUGAGGAACGAGUGAGAGAGGAUGAUGAGGAGGAUGUAAUGGAGAGCAUCCCGGAAGAAGAGAGAGUUGGGGAUGAAGAUGCUGAAAUAGAAGCCAUGCAGAUGAGCGAGACGGAGCGGAGUUUCAAGGAAAGCCCAAGUCCAUCAUCAAACGCCCCGAGCUUGGUGUCCUACGAACGAGAGGAGAGCAAGGGGACGAGGACGACAGGCCUUGUGGCGUACGAGGGCGAGGACGAUGACGGUGGAAGGAGAUCGAAGGAGGGUGGGGGAGAGGAGGGCGACUACCAUGACGAAUCAUGGUUGGAAGCAAAGCUCUCGCCGGGGGAUGACCUUGAAGACAGGGUCAAAGUUGACAAAGGAAAGCUUGUCGACAGCUCCUACUUUAAUGCCUCCAUGUCAUUACCAGAAUCGGCGUUGUCACAAAAGAUUCGUCGGCUGAGCGCGGAGGAAGUAACUCUACCUCCAGAACCCCCGGGUAGAUGCUCCAGACAUCUUCAGGAGAAAAUAAGCUCUUAUUACAAGAAGAACCUAAAUCUGAACCAAAUCAUCCAAAGAAGAAAAGACUUCCGUAAUCCAAGUAUAUAUGAAAAAAUGAUCAACUUUCUUGGCGUCGACGAGCUAGGUACAAACUAUCCAAAAGACAUGUACGACCCCUACAGCUGGAAAGAAAGCUCUUACUACGAGGCUCUAGCCAAAGCACAGAGAGAGGAGAUACAGAAGAAGAAAGAGAAAGACAAGAAGGAGAAGACCAAGGUGGAGUUUGUGACUGGCGUGGUGAGGAAGACACAGAUCCAGGCACCGCUGGUCACGAGUACCACAGGAGUAGCAGUACCAUCAACCUCCACCAUCAAUCAGGGUACCGGCCAUGAAGAAGAGAAAAAGAGGAAAAGCAAGUGGGACAAUCCAGCUCAAACCCUCCCCGCUCCGGUACCGCUGAUGCAACGCCCCAUCAUCACCGUCAUCACCACCACCAUCCCCACCUCAACGGGCGUCUCGACGACCACCUCGGCAGCGGGAUCCAAGACGACUGUCAUCUCAUCGAUAGGAGCGAUUAAGAAACAGAAAGUGGAGAAAUAACAAAGGCUAUCUUAUGCAUGACUUGAAACUAUCGCCCUCAUCACCACCACCACCAUCUCAGCCUCGACCGUCGUCUUGACUACUACGUCGGCCAGGGAUCCAAGACAACGGUCAUCUCGCUGAUAGGAGCGAUUAAGAAGCAGAAGGUGUAGAAAUAGCAAAGGCUAACUUGUGCAUGACUUGAAAACUAUCGCCCUCAUCACCUCCACCAUCCCCACCUCAAUGGGCAUCUCAACGACCACCCCAGCCGCAGGAUCCAAGACAACGGCCAUCUCAUCGAUAGGAGCGAUUAAGAAACAGAAGGUGGAGAAAUAGCGAAGACCAUUUCAUGUGUGGCUGGAAACUGUUUGUCACUGCGCCUGGUCUGCUGUCUUGACAAAGGCAUUAUGAGAAGGUGAUGAAAUGGCGAGGACUGUCUCAUCUAGAUAGCUAACGAAAGAUUGUGCUGCUUUGACAGAUGCAUUAGCCGAAGGUGGAUAAAAUAGCAAAGGUUGUCUCAAAUACAACUGCAAUCUAUUUAUCACUGGUUAUCUUGAUAGAUACAUGAGCAGAAGGGGGAGAAAUACUAUCUCGGCUUAGAUGCAAUUUAAACAACUAUUUAUCUACGUGAUGGUGUAAUCGGGAUUCCCUUUUAGUGCAAGAAUGUCAGAGAAAGAUGGUAGUUGAGAAUGAAGGCCUUAUCAAGUGCACUAACUUGGUCUUGAACAGGACUUCUCCAUUCUGCCUUUGCCAUAUUUGAAAGCCCUCUUUAAGUUUUUAUAUCCCUCCAUCUUCUUAUACUGUUGCCCACUCUCUUACUUCCCUCCCUCUCACUCUCAAGCUUUUAUCAUUCAGUAAGGCGUAUUUUUUGAGAAUCUCUUCUCUUUGCUCAUUCUCCUCCACUCCCCCUCUCUCUCUUUCUCUUUGUCUCUCACUCUCUCUCAUACUCUCUCUCUCUCUCUUUGUCUCUCUUUAUAGUCAUCAAUGUGCAGUGAAAAUUGCACUGAAUAUGUGUAUCUUGAGAAUCAUAUUAUUUA